AUGGCAUCAAAAAAGGUAAGCCUGAAGCUUUUGAUAGAGAAAAAGAGCCAAAGGGUGCUCUUUGCUGAAGCAGAUAAGAAAUUUGUUGAUUUUCUCUUUAGCAUUUUUACUCUGCCGGUCGGAACUGUCACUAAGCUCUUACAAAAGCAAGACAUGGCAGGCUGCUUGCAUAGCCUGUACAAGAGCAUAGAGAAUCUGCGUGAUAUUUACCUUCAGCCAGACCAAGACAAAAACUUUCUGCUAAACCCAAAAGUAGCCAUUUCCGGUGCUAAAGUCCCUCUCCUCUUGCCAAGCGUUGAGCUGUCAUAUACAGCCAUGAAAUUUUAUAGCUGUGAUAUCAACAAGGACGAUGACGAGGAGGACGACAACGACUGUACCUCAGAGGAGGAGGAGGACGACGACGACAAUGACUGUUCCUCGGAGUACGUGGCUAAUGACCAGAGAGCAAUUUGUCCUUCGUGCAAGAGUUCAAUGACCCACGAGCUAAGUUACGUAGACCCACCAAGGGAUAUCAAGACAUUCUCUUCUAGUGAGGGAGGUCACGUGAAAGGGGUGAUUACUUACAUGGUGAUGGAUGAUCUUCAAGUGAAGCCCAUGUCCGCUAUCUCUGCUAUCACUUUACUUAGCAAGUUCAAUGUCAGGGACGUAGGGGCUGCUGAGGAGAAGGUGGUCGAUUUUGGCAUGGAUGAGUUUUAUAAGCUAUUAUUAUUAUUGAGUGAAUAA